UAUUAAACUCUUUUAGACUCUUGAAUUGUCAAAAAAAUAAAACAAUAGUGUGUGAGCUUGUCUCUUUCUUGUCCCCUAAAUGUUGAAAGUUGCUACUCUUCCUUCCAACAAGCUUAGUUUGUCUUUGUCCCAAAUUUAUGUACUUUUUCAAACAUAUUUUUUUUAAAAAAAAUAACUCUUCACCCUUUACUUCUUCCCAUUGUAUAAAAACCAACACAAAAACUAUUUUCUUGAACAUAAAUACAAAGUCAAAAACAAGGAAGUGUUAAAAUUUGGGGCUUAUUGUUUGAGGUUUUUAGUACCAAGAUUCACUUGUUUUUUUGAGGAAAAUGGAGAGAGAUUUGAAUCUUAGAUUGGGUUUGCCAGGGAGAGAGGAAGAUCAAUAUGAUCACCAACAAAUUAUGUCCAUAUCCAAGAACAACAAAAGAGCUUUGUCUGAAUAUGAAGAUGAUGAAGCCACAACACCUCGUGUUACCAAGGUGCAAAUAGUGGGGUGGCCACCAGUGAGAUGUUACAGGAAGAAUACCUUACAAAAUACAACAAAGCAAACAGAAGAUCAGUGUGGAAUUUAUGUGAAAGUUAGCAUGGAUGGAGCCCCUUUUUGUAGAAAAAUUGAUCUUAAAAUGUACAAGUGUUACACUCAACUCCUUAAAGCAAUGGAGAAAAUGUUCAAGCUAAAAAAAGGUGAAUUUUCACCUACUUAUGAAGAUAAAGAUGGUGAUUUGAUGCUUGUUGGAGAUGUUCCUUGGGAAAUGUUCAUGUCAUCAUGCAAGAGACUGAGGAUAAUGAAAAGAUCAGAAGCAAGAGUUCUUGGAUAUGAAAAGUAUGUUGUGUUCUCCACCCCAAUUUCCUGCAGCUUCUUCAACAAUAAUCUCAUUUUUUCCUAUUUAAAGAUCAUUAGUUUGAUAAUUGAGAUUCAUUUCAUGUAUCACUGUAUAAUCACUUUAACGAUUUUUGGUAGAUUUAAUACGGAGAAAAGUAUUAAAAACACUAUAAAUUUGGCGUAUAUUAUUUGUUUCGUCUUGAGUUGUUAUUGACUGCUUCAAAAACAU